CCUCUAUCAUACCAACAUUAUCCAAACACUUCCCAUCUCAUCUCCCAAAACCUUCCAAAAAAAUCUUCAUUCAACUUUAAUUUUCACCAACAAUGGCAUCCCUCGAUCAGUUGGCCAUGGCUAAGCGUUGCUCUCAUGAGGGAGUGGUCGCCGGAGCAAAAGCAGCGGUGGUGGCCACCAUAGCGACGGCGAUCCCAACAAUGGCAAGCGUGAGAGUGCUGCCGUGGGCCAGAGCCCACUUGAACCCCACGGCGCAGGCGCUCAUCAUCUCCACCGCCGCCGGGAUGGCUUACUUCAUCGUUGCCGACAAGACUAUCCUCGCCACCGCCCGCCGCAACUCCUUCGGAAACCGUGAGAAUGGCAUUGAUUACCUCUCCAUAGGUAUUGGAGUGCAGGAUGAGGUGAUUGGGGUCCACCUCACCCUCUUGAACAUGAAGGACAUUAUUCCGGUGGAGGGGCUAAACCUAGACGAUGUGGUGCCGGGGAUAUACACGGUCAAGUGCCAUCCGUUGAGGUUUCCGGGCUUUGACGGGUCGCCGGCCAGGUGCAUUCUGCAGUGUUGGCCUGUUGGGAUAUUUGAUUAAUUAAUCAAAAAGGAAAAAAAAAUCACAAAGAGGACAAAGAAGAUCAAAAGUGAGAUAUUUGAUUGACUUGGUGCAUGUCAUCAAAUCAAAGAGGAUUUUUUGG